GAGUGCGGAGCGGACGCGCGUGGUGCGGCCUCGCUGAGUCGCGGAGCCGGCGCCGCCGAUGGGCGGGCAAGUGUAGCGGUGCGUGGGGCCGCGCGGCCACCAUGGGCAACUCGUGCAGCUCCGGCCAGGCCCACAAGGACAAGGACAACGCGUCGCAGUACUCCGAGGAGUAUGCUCCGGCGGCGGCGUCGGACGGUGCCAAAAGACCCGCGUGCUGCGCCCGCAGGUCGCCGCAGUACCGCGCCAAGCCGCCGGACGAGCCGCCGCCGGAGCCCGACCCGGCGCGCGACCGCAAGCCGCAGCUCUCCCGGCCCCGGCCGCCCGCAGGCUGCAGCGUCUCAGUUUCAGACUCUGUGUCGCUAGCGUCGCCGAUCCUAUGCGCGUCGCCGCGGGAGGACACGGCGGAGACGCCGGCGCCGGCGGCAGUGGCGGCGCUGCCGCACGACCUGCGCGCCGCACUGCUGGGCAAGCUCGCGCCGCGCCCGCGCCGCCGCCGCGCCAUGAUCAUCUACGUGUGCGCCGCCGACUCACAAGACUGCUGUGCAGAGAAAGGGGCGUUACACUGCGGCGUGGCGGCGCGGCUGCGCGUGCGGGCGCGGCGGCGCGGCUGGCGCGUGCACGUCGCCGACCUGCACUGGCGCUCGCCGCUCGAGCAGCAGCGCGACCACAGGUUCCCCGUGCUGUGCCUGGCUGAGCUGGCGCGACAAUCUGAAAUCGGUGCGGUAGUGCCGGUUCUGUUCCUCAACGCCAGUCUGGGCACCCCGCUGCUGCCGCACACCCUGGAGUGCGCCGACUUCAAGGCUGCACUGGAAGCUGCCGAGGAUGAAAAUGAUAGGGCCCUGCUGGAGAAAUGGUACGCAGCGGACGACAGCACGACGCCGCCGUGCGUGCGCCUGGUGCGCGGCGCGCCCGCUCGCUGGCGGCGCGAGAUGGCGCGCGCGCUCGCCGUGCUAGUACGCACGCUGCCGCAAGAGGCCUGCGACGCCUACCUCACUACUGUACUGGAGCAGGAGGUGCAGCACACGGUACUGAUGAGCUCGGAGGCGGCGCGGCGCUGCGUGUGGGUGAGCCGGGGCGGAGCGCCCGAGCCCGCUCCCGCCGACGCCGCCGCCGCCGACCACCAUCGCGAGCUGCAGCGCCGACUAGCCAACCUGCAGAGGGACCUCAAGAUCCACCUGAGCGAGCGCAACAUAAUCCGUGCGAGCGUGCGCGGCCGCGCGUCGCAGAGUGAGAACGACGACGAGUACGCCGCGAGCGUGCGCGCCGCCAUGGCGGACCGGUUCGACGCGCUGUUCGACGCGCUCGCAGCAGACGCCGACGCGCCCGCCGGACACUGCGGCAUACCUACUAGUCUGUUCGACGAGAUCAACGAGCACCUGCUAUUCUGCGAGAAAGUGACGCAGUGCACCUCCAACCGGGAGAUCACGCUCAACGAACUGAAAACGUACAUCCGCAGCGACAGCAGCGUGCCGCUGGCGCUGCUGGGCGGCGCGGGGUGCGGCAAGGCCACGCUGCUGGCGCGCGCCGCCGCACUCUCCUCCACGCUGCUGCCAGAUCUGGUGCUCGUGCUCAGGUUCGUGGGUCUGACGUCGCAGUCGUCGAGCUCGCACCAGCUGCUGAAGUCCAUCGUGGACCAGCUGCACGUGUUGCACACCGGCACCGUCUACAGGGGGAGAAAUGAGGCGACGGCGCUGUCGGCGACGCUGGCGCGGCUGCUGUCUGCUGUCGGUCGCACGCGGCCGGUGCUGCUGUGCGUGGCGGGCGCGGACGCGCUGCGCGGUGCGCGCUGGCUGCCCUCGCGACUCCCUGAGGGCGUCAAGAUGAUCGUUACUGUCACUGAAGAGAAGGACGAGCCGUCAUCCUCGGCGAUAAUGGCGGUGCUGUCGUCGGAGGAAGGUCCGCGUGUGGUGCGCGCGCCGGCGGUGGGCGCGGACGAGGCGCGUGCCGUGCUCGCCGCGUGCGCCGCCGCCCACAGCCGCUCGCCGCCGCCGCCCGCCGCUGCGGACGCGCUCGCCAACUGCACGCUACCGCUCUACGCCAAGAUCCUGGCGUGGCAGCACUCGGUAUCGGCGGAGACGUUCGGUGACAGCCCACCCGAGCCGGCGGCGGGCGGCGAGCUGGAGGGGCGGCUGGAGGCGAUCCUGCGCGCGCUGGAGGCGGCGCUGGGGGCGGAGCGCGCGGCGGCGGCGCUGGCGCUGCUCACGGCCGCGCGACGGGGGUUAGAUGACACCGAAAUGUUGGAUCUGCUAGCUCACGACCCGCUGUUCCGCAGCGAGGAGACCUACUUGUGCUGGGCGCCGGGCGCGCUGGCGUGGGCGCAGCUGGCGGCGCUGGCGUCGGCGUGGCUGCGGUGGGACGCGCGGGGGGCGGCGCGCUGGCGGGACGCCGCGCUCGCCGCCGCCGCCGCUGACCGGUACCAGGCGCAGAUGACUCAGGCUAGGGAGGCGCUGGUCGCGUACUUUGAGGGUGAAUGGUUCGAGGAGAACGACCCAAAAAUGGCUGGUAGAUUAAUAUCACAAGAAAACAAAUUCUCCGAAGACUGGUACAACACUAGAAAGUUCGACGAGCUCCCGUUCCAGCACUACCAUCUGCUGAGGGAAGAUCCCGAGGCGUUCGCGAACAAGCCGUACUUCACGCGGCUCGACUGGAUCCACGACAAGCUCGCCGCCACCGACUGCGGACAUUUUCUGGAGGAUAUCGCCCUAGUCCAUAUAGACCCGCUGCCCGAGCACCUGCAGAUCCUCAAGGAGGUGUUCGAGGAGCACUCUUAUGCUCUGGACUACGACCACAGGCAGCUGUACGGCAUCCUGCGCCUGGCCAUGGAGAAGCGAGCCCGCGACGGCGUCCAGGUCCAGACGGAGAUAGUCGAGAGCUGGAGAAAGGAGAUCUCGGAGCCGCCAGUGCCGACGCUGUACCCCAUGAACGAGGACUUCUGGAAGGUCUGCGAGAGGAGGGAGGUGUCGAGUGACGAUGGCUUCGAGACGCCGUUCGACCUGGUGGUGCGGCUGGACGCGCGCGGCAAGUUCGUCGCUACCGUAUCCACCGAGCGCGAGGAGAUCUGCGUGUGGGACGUUAGCAGGUGUAAGCUGAUGCGGAAGAUAGUGGGAGUGCCGCACCCCAUCAACCUGGUGCCCAUCGACGAGUACAAGUGCGUGGUGCUCUGCCGCCGCGAGCUCAGAGUUUAUGACCUCAAUGAGGGCAAGUUCCUGGUGGCGCUGAAGGGCGUGAUGAACCAGAAGAUGCCGUACUACGGGCUGCACGACCGCUCGCACCUCGUGGCGCUCUCCCGGAACCGCAUGUACGUCAACCUCAUGAACAUCGACACUGGGGAUUGCGUGACCACAUUCAAAGCUGGGGAAGAUAGAUUUUUAAACUCGCUGCUGGUUUCCGGCGAUGGCAGGAUCCUGGUGUGCGGCGACGAGACGCAGAAGCCGUUCCCGCUGCUGGUGUGGUCACUGACGUCGCGCAAGCUGCUCUAUGACCUGCGCAUCUCGCACCACGACUUCCUCACCAGCAAGGCCGCCAUCACAUACGAGGGCUCGUACUACUGCGUGGUGUCCCGCGAGCUGGACGAGCCGAGCCCCAACUUCAUCGUGGUGUACGACCUGGCCUCGGGCACGCUGUUCAAGAAGUGGAAGCCCGGCGUCGACACCGUCGCGCUCGCUAUCUCCUCCGCCGGCGGCUGCGUGCUGUCCGCGCUCGCCGACGCCCGCGUCCUCGUGUGGGACCUCGUCACAGGCAACUGCCGGCUGACGCUGCGCGGUCACGUGGCGGCGCCGUCGCUGCUGCGGCUGUCGCGCGAGGGCGGCGUGCUGCUGUCCGCCGACCGCGCCGGCUGGGACCCCUCCGUCCGCCUCUGGGACCUCCACACCGGCAACCUAAUCGCGGUGUACACGCCGCCGGCGCGCAUCGCGUGCUGCGAGGUGUGUCUGGGCGGCUCCGUGGUGGCGCUGGCGGUGGCCGGCUACAGCGGCGUCGCGUGCGUGUGCGUGCGCGGCGCGACAGACGCCGUCGCCGCCGCGCGCGACGCCGAGUACGACGACCAGCCCUACGGCCGGCCCGAACUCGAGGGACGGACCAUCGACGUGCGCACCGAAUAAAUUCAAUCGUUCACCAGUCAGUAAAAUGAUUCACGAAAAUCACAUCAAUGAAACGAGAUGAAUCAUCAGAGUUUCUUAGGCAAAUUGCCAAAAUCGUAACUAACGCUGCCAUACU